AUGGCCGUUUCCAAGGGGGCGGGGAUUGGGCCCGGUUCCAGCCUCCUCAUUGGUCCGUUGCUGAAUCCCGGAGUGGCCUCGGAUCGAAAGCGGGGGGUGAAGCGGCAACUGGUGCCUCCGAGCUCUCUAUCGGACAGGGUGGGGUUGGGCGCCAUGGAUAUGACGGGGACGGAGCGAUGGUAUGACCCCUUAGGGCCUUACGGGGCCGGGGGGGAAAGUGGGGGAUCUGAAUCUGCCGCCACCACCAGCACCCCCGGGGACAUCCAGUUCUUCCCACCUCCCAUGGAGCCUCUGCAUCACCACCCCCAAGCAUCACCUCGGAGAUACUGCCCGCCUUCUCCGUAUUCCAACCCUCAUAUGGCAGCAGCGAUGGGUGGAGGGGGGAUGGUGCGAGCUCUUCAUGGUUGGUUCACAGCCACGAGUCCGGCUGGGUCAGCCAGUUCACCGAGCGGAGAAGGAAAAAGCGAUCAUUCCUCGUGGAAUUGUUUCCCCAAUCCCAAAGUCUAUCAUCCCUCCUCCUCCUCGUCCACCUCUCCAUCUCCUAACAACAAUUCCUAUAACCCGGCUUCGAUAAACCCAUUCCCAUUCCCGCCGACGCCACCGAAAGAUGGUGGGUCCACCCCCGAAACCGCGGCCAGUGGAGACAACUCCGCUUGGAAUCACCCCAACGCUAACAGUGAGGAUCAGGACGUGAAGCCGAACCUGAUGAUGACGUCCAUAGGAGCAAUGGUCCAGGCAGCAGCAGCCUGUGCGAAGCCGGGGAACCUGGCAUCUCAACGGGAAGGUACAUCACCCCCAACUUCUACCCUUCUACCCAAUUCCUACUCUACCUCUUUCUACAAUCCCGUCGUCGCCACGAGCACUCCUUCAUCCUCGCAUUCCCCGAAUUAUUGUACCCCCUCGGAAUACCUGAACCUUCCCUUCUCCGUGAAAUCGAACCAGAGUCAGCCCGCAAAGCCGAAAGCCAAGAGGUCUUCGGCGGAAGGGCGCGAAUGCGUGAACUGCGGUGCGACGACGACUCCACUGUGGCGACGCGAUGGAACAGGCCACUACCUAUGCAAUGCCUGUGGCCUCUACCACAAAAUGAACGGCCAGAAUCGACCUCUCAUCAAGCCCAAACGGCGACUGAGUGCGUCGAGGCGAGUUGGGACCAGCUGUUCGAACUGCAAGACGACGACGACGACCCUCUGGCGGAGGAACCACAACGGGGAGCCUGUGUGCAACGCCUGCGGACUUUACUACAAACUCCACAAUGUGAACCGUCCGAUGACGAUGAAGAAGGAGGGGAUCCAAACGCGAAAUCGGAAACUGUCUACAAAAUCGAAGAAGAAGAAGGGACUCCCGCCGGGCCUGGAACUCUUUAAGCCUCUGCACGACAAAUCGGGGGCUUUCCCAGGAUUUCCCUCCUCUCCACCUGGGAGCUUCGUGAGCCCCACCAUGAGCAUGUCCAUGGCCUCCUACAUGUACAACGGCGGGAACAUGCAUCAUCACCAUCACCCUCACGCCCACGCGGGAAUGACCGGUCAGAGCUUGGCGCACUCCUUCAUGUCAUCUCCUCAAAUGCACCACAUGGGAUACAGCCAGGCUUCGUCGAUACCUACUUUAGGCACCUCGGCCACUGCUGGCUUUAGCCUCACCAACGGCAUGGUUGGCGCCAUGGCCUAAUUCAAAUCCAUCAAUCUUUUGGUUUUUUUGUUGUUUUAUUUUCGGGUAGUGUUUGUAGAGGAAGCACACAGAACCUCCCCCUCAUUUUUUCAGUGAUAAUGUAUUUUUCUAUUAUACGGAAUCUCUCGGCAUCUAGUCAUGGUCUUUUUGUGUGUUGAUUUUUGUCACCCCUGAAGCGAGUGAGUUUAUCUGCAGACGGAGAAAAGCAUCUCUAUUCAUCCCCAUGACGAAAGAGAGAUAGAAAGAAUGAAUGUGUCAGAGAAUAAUUGUAGAAUUAUUGCGUCUGUCGUCUCUAUAUCUUCCUCGGAUUCACGCGAGGAGUCUGAAUGUGAUACAAAAGAAGAACUCGACACGAAUUUUUUUUUUCUUGGAUGAUUAGACAAUUUUGUCCUACACGUCACACUGCAGGUUUUCGGGUAUUCCCAAAUACGAGUCACCAUGCUUCACUUCUUUUUUUUCUGCUGCACCCUUGGACGACAUUGAAACUGUUUCCCCCCUUUUCCCCCUACCCCUGGUUGUUCCUUCGCAUCAAUAAAGAAGGAUUCGGUGGGACACAA